AUGUCGCUCACCCGUGUCGUCCUGGUCCUCAUUCAGACCACAUUCAACGAGCUGGCAUGUACACCGCCCAAUCCAACACAAACAAAACACCGAUACCACACGGAGGAGCCCGGUUUCUUCCAGAUCGCGCCAUUAAUACUGCGGCUUCAUCAGUAUCUUCUUCGUGGUGUCGCGGGCCUCGAAACAUUAUCAUACCUCACCGCGGCCGGCUAUAAACUCCCUCUCUUCCCCACCCCCACCUUGGUAAUCCGCAUCCAAACGAGCACCACUCCGCUCUUCCUUCUCGGGGUCGCCCUCGUUGUCGCUGGCUCGAUAUUCCGGCUCGCGGCAUUCCGAGCGCUGGGGGAGCUGUUCACGUUCGACCUCACCAUCCACCCGAACCACCGGCUCGUCACGGACGGGCCCUACGCCUACGUGCGCCACCCAUCGUACACGGGCACCCUGUGCAUCAUCGCCGGCCUCGUCGCCUCCCACCUUGGCCCCGGCAGCUGGAUCUGGCUCUACGCGGGCCACAGCUGGCUCCUCCACGGCCUUCUGCUCGCUGGCGGAACGACGUGGUGGACGUGGAUGCUCGGGGUCGGCCUGAGCCGCAUCCCCGCCGAAGAAAAGAAGAUGUCUGCGCUGUUCCCCGAGCAGUGGGCGGCGUAUGUCAGGAGGGUCCCGUAUUGGUUCAUCCCCGGGGUCGUUUGA